GAGGAGGAACAACAGAGCCUGCAGAAGAAGCUGAAGGGCACGGAGGAUGAGGUGGAGAAGUACUCAGAGUCUGUCAAGGAGGCCCAGGAGAAGCUGGAGCAGGCGGAGAAGAAAGCUACAGACGCUGAGGCUGAAGUGGCUUCUCUGAACCGCCGUAUCCAGCUGGUGGAGGAGGAGCUGGACCGAGCCCAGGAGCGCCUGGCCACUGCUCUGCAGAAGCUGGAGGAGGCUGAGAAAGCAGCUGAUGAGAGCGAGAGAGGCAUGAAGGUCAUCGAAAACAGGGCCAUGAAGGAUGAGGAGAAGAUGGAGCUCCAGGAAAUGCAGCUGAAGGAGGCCAAGCACAUAGCAGAGGAGGCUGAUCGCAAAUAUGAGGAGGUUGCCCGCAAGCUGGUCGUCCUUGAGGGAGAGCUGGAGCGCUCAGAGGAGAGGGCAGAGGUGGCGGAGAGCCGAGUGAGACAGCUGGAAGAAGAGCUACGGACCAUGGACCAGAGUCUCAAAUCCCUCAUUGCCUCAGAGGAAGAGUAUUCCACCAAGGAGGACAAGUACGAGGAGGAAAUCAAGCUUCUAGGGGAAAAACUGAAGGAGGCUGAGACCCGGGCAGAGUUUGCAGAGAGGUCUGUGGCGAAGCUGGAGAAAACCAUCGAUGAUCUAGAAGAGAAUCUGGCCAGUGCCAAAGAGGAGAACGUGGGCAUCCACCAGGUCCUGGACCAGACCUUGUUGGAGCUGAAUAACCUCUGAGCUGCCCUGGGGAAUCCUUAUCCCCCAUCCCUACCCCACACGUGCACCCCACCGGUAUGCUCAGGAUGUCCUCAGCUGAACUGCAUCUUGGCCAAAUCCACACCUCUGUUGAGAAGGGAAGCCCUGCAGCCCUACACUGUGGUGCAGAGGCAUCAUGUCUGUGCACAGCCUGGCUGGCUCUGUCCUGUCUUCAUGUCCAAAUAUUAAAGCAGUUUGACAAGA